AAGUAGCUGAACAACAGGGGCACAAACUACCAGACCACCUGCUUCAUCACGCUCUUUAUUGCGCGUGAGCAACACGUUACAACCUUCAGAUCUCGCCACAUUUUCUUCUUCUCAGCAACUCACAACUGGUAAAUCACAACCCUAAUUGAAAUUGUGCACCGUUUUCUUGCCUUUUCAGAUCACUAUCUUCUCUUCAGUCUCUGCAUUUCACACCCAACGCAGCGGAUAAUACUGAAACCUGCUUGAAAUUUAGAGGAAACCCAUUUUUAUUUCUCAAGUAUUCCACUUUUUGUGUGUGCGGGGAUUUACUGUUUCAGAAUCGAAUUUGAAUCUGACCCAGUUGAAAUCCUUGUUUUUAGGAACUGGGUAUUGAAGGAUAUAGAGGAUCUAUUGUUCUUCUUGGGUGUUUUGUAUGCUUCGUCUGAGUGAUUUUUGAUAGGUUUUGAGAAGACCCACUCGAUUUUAUGAGUUUCUAAGUGUGUUGGUGGUAAGCAAUUGAGCUUAUGUGCAAGUUAGAGAAGAGGGUAGUUGGGUAUCCAUUUCUGGCUUUGUUAGGUGGUGAAUUUGUUCUAUUGAUUGGAGAGGAAACAUGUUUUGGAGGGAAAGGGAGAGGGAGAACAAAGAGCUGAACGGCAGCGGACCGCCUUGCGGCCAAGUCAGAGUGCUUGUUGUUGGAGAUUCAGGAGUGGGGAAGAGUUCACUUGUCCAGUUGAUUGUGAAAGGUUCUUCCAUCGUUCGUCCUCCUCAAACAAUUGGGUGUACAGUUGGUGUGAAGCACAUAACUUACAGAGGUUCUGGUAGCUCUUCAAAUAGCAUUAAAGGUGACAGUGAGAGGGAUUUCUUCAUUGAACUUUGGGAUGUAUCAGGACAUGACCGGUACAAAGAUUGCAGGUCUCUCUUCUAUUCACAAAUAAACGGUGUUGUCUUUGUACACGAUCUAUCUCAGAGAAGAACAAAAACAAGCUUGCAGAAGUGGGCGGCCGACAUUGCAGCAACUGGGACAUUCUCUGCACCUCUACGAUCUGGUGGUCCUGGUGGCCUCCCUGUACCUUACAUUGUGAUUGGUAAUAAAGCAGACGUUGCUGCAAAAGAGGGUGUAAGGGGAAGCAGUGGCAAUCUGGUUGAUGUUGCUCGCCAAUGGGUUGAGAAGCAGGGUUUGCUUCCAUCAAGCGAGGAACUUCCAUUGACGGAGAAUUUUCCUGGUAGUGGAGGCCUUAUAGCGGCAGCCAAAGAGGCCAGAUAUGACAAAGAAGCUGUCAUGAAAUUUUUCCGUAUGUUGAUCAGGAGGAGAUAUUUUUCAGAUGACUUACCUGCACCAAACCCGUGGUCUAACGCAGUUCAAAGACCAUCGCACCGCUCAAGUGGUAGUUUCAGUGAUGAAGAUCAGUUAUACAAUAAUACAAGUUUAUCAGGAGACCCUUACAAGUACAACGUUCUCCCUCCCCUUCCAGCUCAACGGAAUCUCACGCCACCUCCCACACUGUAUCCUCAGCAGCCAGUGUCUACACCUGAUAACUAUCAUCUUCCGAGAUUUGCAUUGACAGGGUCCCACGAAAUCAGCAGCACCAGAUCAAAGCGCACUGAUAUCAAUGUCUGACGGCUUAAUCUCCGCUUACUGUUGGAAAAGAUAUACUAAUGUUUUACAAGGAGAAUGUUGUUAUAAACUUCAAAUGCAUGAUCAUGUGGUUGAGAGUGCAUUUGGGUCAGAGAAUCUUGUGCUGCUACUUUUACCAUUUUUCGUACGGUCUUUUCUCGUUUUGUUUAUGCUUGUAAACCGGUCGAUGGUUCAUUCUUUGAUUCGUUGGAAGGUCUUUUGGUUUUCAUGUAUUAUGGAUGUAUAUGUAUAUUGACUUGUUCGACAUACAGCAAUUCCAUUUUCAUGGAACUUCACUUCA